AUGUUGCUAGCCGAUGUCGUUUCCAUGUGCCUUCGCAUCGGCGAACUAGCAUUCAGCGCUGUCGUCGCUGGUCUCACCGGCUCCUACCUGCACUCGAUCAGAGGACAUUCAGUAUGGACCAAGAAGCGAUUCAUCUACACUGAAAUCAUUGCUGCUCUUGGCAUACUCGUCUCCCUCUUGUUGUUAUUGCCGUUUACUUGGAAUUAUAUUCAUUGGCCUUUGGAUUUAUUGAUGUUCAUCUUGUUUAUGGUGGCUUUUGGGUUGCUUGCUAAUUUCAUCGCACCCCUCCACUGCGGCAGCGUCUGGAACUGGCACGGAAUCACCGGAAAAUCCACCUGCUCAAAAUGGAAAGCCGACGUAGCAUUUACAUUCCUAGCCUCAAUCUUCUUCCUCGCUUCUGCUUUACUGGGAAUGUGGGUAGUAUAUCGUCACCGUCGCACUACCACCUCCGAUCAACCUACUACUACGCGCAGAAGAUGGUAUAGAUCUCGUGUCUAG